AUCUGAUGCUAGCAGUGCUGCCGCUGCGCUGAUGUGCUGAAAAUGACCGCCCUGCAGAAUCUGUGAUCGAUCUGCUGGCUUUUGCACGACCUGAUGGAUGCGGUGUAGGCAGCGGAUCCUCAAAUCCUGUCAGAAAACGACCAGGAAAUCACAAAAUGACCAGCAUGCUGCGCGCGGCGUCCAGGGUGAGGUGGACUAAGAGCACUGCGGCGAAGCGGGCCGUGUUCCUGGUGGCCGCUGCGUACGGAGCCAAGAGCCUUUACCCGCUCAUCAUCAAGCACAUCGGCCGAAAGGCCGGGAGCCACGCGGCCGGGAAGGCGGAGGCCAACGGGCUGUCAUCCGUACUCGAUGCCGCGAAUGCUCAGGCUACUCCAGCCGUGAACGCGCAGUUCGUCCGGCAGAUCCUCGCGCUGGUGAAGAUCGUGUUCCCCCGGCUGCUCACCAGGGAGCUCGCGCUGCUCUGCCUGCAUUCCGCGGCUCUCGUCUCGCGCACGUUUCUCUCCAUCUACGUGGCCGGGCUGGACGGCCAGAUCGUGAAGAGCAUCGUGGAGAAGCGGCCUCGCAGCUUCACCGUCAAGCUGAUGAAGUGGCUCCUCGUCGCCAUCCCGGCCACUUUCGUGAACAGCGCGAUCCGCUACCUGGAGGGCAAGCUGGCCCUGGCCUUCCGCACGCGCCUGGUCGAGCACGCGUACAGGACCUACUUCACCGAGCAGACCUACUACAAAGUCAGCAACAUGGACGGCCGGCUAGCCAACCCGGACCAGUCCCUCACGGAGGACGUCAUGAUGUUCUCCCAGUCCGUGGCGCAUCUGUACUCCAACCUCACCAAACCCAUCCUGGACGUGAUACUCACUUCGUACACCCUCAUUCAGACCGCCAGGUCCCGCGGGGCCAACGCUACCGGCCCCACGCUGCUGGCAGGACUCGUAGUCUUCGUCACUGCCAAAGUGCUGCGAGCUUGCUCCCCUAAAUUUGGCAAGCUCGUGGCCGAGGAGGCGCACAGGAAGGGCUACCUGCGUUACGUGCACUCGAGAAUAAUCACCAAUGCGGAGGAGAUCGCUUUCUACAGAGGUCAUCAGGUGGAGAUGAGGCAGCUGCAGAAGUGCUACAAGGCCUUGGCUGAGCAGAUGAACCUCAUCCUGUCCAAGCGCCUGUGGUACAUCAUGAUUGAGCAGUUCCUCAUGAAGUAUGUGUGGAGUGGAUGUGGCCUUGUGAUGGUCGCUGUGCCCAUCAUCACUGCUACUGGCUUUGCUGACAGUGAACUUGCUGACGGGCAGACUCAGGUGUUAGUGAGUGAGAGGACAGAAGCCUUUACGACUGCACGCAACCUUCUGGCCUCUGGAGCUGACGCCAUUGAGAGAAUCAUGUCCUCCUACAAAGAGGUCACAGAACUGGCCGGAUACACAGCUCGCGUCCACAACAUGUUCCUGGUGUUUGAUGAGGUGCAGAGGGGUGUGUACAAGCGCGCCACAGUUUCCACGACAACAGUGACUGGGGAGAAGAAGAGUGGGGGACAGCAUGAGCUGCACAUUGAUGGGCCUCUGGAGAUCAAAGGGAAAGUCGUUGAUGUAGAUAAAGGUAUAGUGUGUGAGAACGUACCCAUCAUCACUCCAAAUGGGGAUGUUGUUGUUUCCAGCCUGAAUUUCAAGGUAGAGGAGGACAUGCACUUACUCAUCACAGGACCUAACGGCUGUGGAAAAAGCUCUCUGUUCCGCAUCCUCAGCGGCCUGUGGCCUGUUUACGGUGGCCUCCUGUACAAACCUGUUCCGCAGCACAUGUUCUACAUCCCACAGAGGCCUUACAUGUCUGUCGGAACGCUACGGGACCAGGUCAUCUACCCCGACUCUUUGGAGGACAUGCACCACAAAGGCUUCAGAGACAAAGACCUGGAAGGCAUCCUGGACAUUGUCAACCUGAACCACAUUGUGGCACGUGAAGGGGGAUGGGAGGCAGAGGUGGACUGGAAAGACGUGCUGUCUGGAGGAGAGAAGCAGCGGAUGGGAAUGGCUCGCAUGUUCUAUCACAGGCCCAAAUACGCCCUGCUGGAUGAAUGUACAAGCGCUGUCAGUAUUGAUGUGGAGGGUAAAAUAUUCCAGGCUGCAAAGGAUGCUGGGAUUUCCCUGCUGUCUAUCACCCAUAGGCCCUCUCUGUGGAAGUACCACACCCACCUGCUGCAGUUUGACGGCGAGGGGGGUUGGCGGUUUGAGCAGCUGGACACGGCCACUCGUCUCUCUCUGACCGAGGAGAAGCAGCGUCUGGAGUCUCAGCUCGCUGGAAUUCCCAAAAUGCAACUGCGCCUAAAUGAGCUGUGCAAGAUCCUGGGGGAGGAUUCUGUGCUGAAAACAGAAGAACCCGACGAGGAGGAGUGAGAGACAGAGAGCCGGCGUUACCCUCAAACCUGACUACGCACAUCCUCUGGUACUAUCGCAGUGUUAAGCAGUGAUUUUAAACUUUGUCACUUUCUAAAAAUGUCACUUUAUUGAGGUUUCCUUACAUGAGUCUUACAUGUAUGUUAUUUCGUUCCUUCAUUAACAGACAAUUUUGGUUCUGUUUUUGUUUAUUUGUUAUAAUUCUGUAGCAGACUGAAACAUUUUACUGACCUUUAUGUUUUUUACUGAUGUACUUUUCAUUAAGUGACAAAGAGAGCAGGUAGUGUAACUUUUAGAAAGUAUGUCUACCUUCUAUGGUAAUCUUUUGUUGAGGGUUUUCAUUGAUUUCGUACUUGACGCUACAGAUUGUGGGUCCUUACCUAUGGUAUUUUUACAGAAAUACUUGAACCUUAACCACUGAACACCACCCUAAUAUCUGAUAGUUUAAUCUUAGGUAAUAAUAGAUCAGCUAGUUUGCUUCUAACCAUUGAUAUUAUUGCUUAUCUACUUUUGGCACUGAGAAGUUCUUUUACUGGUCAUCUGUUUUUAUGUUAAUUUGUAUGCCAGCUUUUUUUCUGGGUUCUACUUUUCCUAAAGCAUCAUACAGGUAAGAUUAUACUUAAUCUACCAGUCUAAUACAAUCUGUGUGUUGUGAUGCUUUUUGGAAACGGUACUUGUCUACAUUUCAGCUCUGCUGCUCUAAUGUAAUCUUCUCCCUGCCUCUUUCCUGGCACUCAGAACAAAAUGAAUAUGAUCUAUACGAAUGCUGUGAAAUAUAGGCCCAAUCCCAUUUCUUAUCCCCCGAGUUACACGAUGCAAAAUGACGCGCAUGCGUGGAGAACCACUUAGAGUAAACGUUUCCAUGACAGCGAGCAUCACGUGAGGUCCAGUCCGAGUAAGAUGAGUUUUUAAUUACUUUAAAAUGAUAUCAGGAAAAACGUCCUUCACAUGUACUUCUGAAGGAAGCGGCGAGAGGAAGACGUUGUGUCCUGUGAUGUGUGAGCUGGACACCCGUCCCACCGCCGUCUUUUAAACCUCAGAGCAUGAACUACGUCUCCUCUGCAGACCAGUUUCUGUCAGACUACUAGCGGUGCUCUGUAGGUGACUCUGCCAGUCUGCUGUGCUCUGUAGGCGACCCUGCCAGUCUGCUGUUCUCUGUGGGCGACCCUGCCAGUCUGCUGUGAUAGCAACCUCACUGCUGGGCUUUAGUUACAGUCUUAAGUCAAAGAUUGGAUGCGACAACCAUUUAUUAUCACCCAUCCCUAAUUAUUUUGUGACAUAAAGCUGAAGUCAGUUAUUUGCCAGCUACUUGUUUGAAUUUUCCUGUUCCACCUUAAAUGUAAGUAGCAUCUGGCGCUACAGGUGUAGGAACUGCUGGAUUACUUAAGGUGGAACGGGAAAUUUAGCUAGCUAGCUAGCUACCGUGACCUUAACAUACCAUUAGUGAUUUUUCAUGCUUUUUAUGAAGAAAAGGACCAUAAAACAUUGGAACAACAUUAAACUAAGACCAUACAAUGGUUAUCGUAUUUUUAUUGGAGAAAAUAUGUUUGUGGGUUUCUUUGGUGGCUUGGCUUUUCUUUUUUCUCGCAGCACUCUGUUUGGGUUGUGCCUCUGAUAAACCUCCGUUUGGAGGGCUAUGUAGCCCUAACACUUCGCCAUACUCCUGUAUCUCAACUAAAAUCGGGACACUCUACCAGAGAACUUGUAAACCGGCUGACUCUACCACUAGGUGUGAUGAGGGCUAAGAGCCAAGUGGUACGGACAAGGCGUAAAAUGGGAUUGGGCCAUACUUUAAGUUGCUGGUUUAUCAGGUGCAUCUAUCUUGUACUGCACUUUUUGGCCCUUUUUAUCAUGACCACCUCCCAUAUAUGUGGACUUUGUAGGUUUACAGUUACAGCUUAUACAGUCACAGCCCCCCUCUACCACAUCCAUCACUGGAAAGGGACCACCGCAGGACAUUACUGAUCCGGUAUUAGGGUAUUGGACUGUUUUUAACAGCAGUGACACCAACAUAGUAGAGUUGCUGGAGUUUUUCGCAUCGAAGAUCAAAGCUAAGGUGAGAAUAGUUCAGCAGCCAAAAGUGGUCCUGUGGUCAGAAACUGACAAAGACAUAGAGCAGUGGCCACCAAGCCUGGUCCUCAAGAUUGACUUUCCUUUGAACCACAUUCUGCCACACAUGCUAAUUACCUUCUUCAGAAGUUCUUGAUUGGCUGGAUAAGGUGCAUUAGUGUAGGUAUGGGAAGGGGGCAGCGACAAAUAAUCUCUGCAGAAAACCUUCAGGAGGAGGAUUGGUGGCCACUGGGUUAUACAUGGCUAGUGCAUCAACAGAUGGGCUGCUAAGUGUACUAAGUGUCUCUAACUGUACACCAGCAAGGUGGAGUUCACUCAGUAAUGCAGCUGUACUCAUACCUGUUUCACACACACUACCAGUGUCACUGUUGUGUUGAGAAUAUGAUCCACCAUGAAAAAAAUAUUUGGUCAGCGGUGGUCCAUUGGUGGGUCUUUCCCACUAAAGGACAGGAUAGAUGGGGCUGAUAAAUGAGUAACAGCAACCGUAAACCUUCAAAUUCAAGAUCUGGUAGGUGUUUCUGAUAUAAUGGCCAAUGAAUGUGUGCCUAGUCUGUGUAUACUGGUAGGUUGAAUGCAGAAGCACUUUGGCUGUAAUGGUGUCCUAUAAGGUUCUUUUACUAAGUUAUAGACUGCAGGCCAAUGUUGGAUAUAAAGAUUUGCUUUUUUAUGUUUUUUAUUACCAGUGAAUUUUGAAAGACACGUUUGUCUGCGUCUCUUUAAGACAGAUAUACUGUGAAUUUCGUCUGCGUUUCAUGUGUUGAACCAGAUGCUGAAAAGAACAAAUCAGCUUGCCUUUCAAUCACUUCCGAGCAAAUGCAUUUUAAUGUGUGAUUCCCAAACUGAGGCAUUAUAUGUGCUGGAAUUUCAUAGGUUUGGUCUCACUGUUUGGGAACAUUUAGUCAAUUUCAUUUGAGAGAAAAAAACCGGCUAUUUUGUCUACUUUACCUGUUUGAAUAAUGAGGGCAAGAUAAUCACCAUGUUCUUACAGUUCAUGUCUGCUGUAUAAAACUUGUGUUGGGUUCCAGAGACAUUAGCAUUAGGUAGCAUUAACUUCAUUUAUUUAUUUGUUUCUAAUCGUAAAUAGACACUUUUCAGAUUUCUACAUGAUCAAAUCAGGAAGGAGCAACAGCAGCAGCUGUUUGAUUCUCCUGAAUACAAAGUAAUAAUAUUCCUUACGAUUUAAAUAGCAUGAAUAAUUCAAACAUGUAAUGCCAGCAGUGUAAAUAGAACGAUUUUAUAUGUCUGAAACUCUUGUGAGAUAUUAUAUAUUUUGACAUGAGGUCCUCACUCAUAUUUUGUCUACAGGAGUAUCAGAGACAUGUUGCUGAUGUAAUGCAUUUAUGAUAAUAGUGUAAUUUUAUGAAAAGCCAGUGAGCCUUUCUGGAACAUAUGUAAUGACAGGCAGUGAUUAAGGUGAUUAGUGUGGACAGCAGAAUGUCCCUUUUGAAGAGCUUUUGACCUUUCUGGCAAGAACUGUUGGCUGAAACAGAGAGAACUAUAACCUGAAGCCUGUCUUCGAAUGGACUAUGUCUCUUUUUGCAUGUCAUAAGGAUGCCUAUACUCCUCCUGUACUGUUUCCAGACAGUAUAUAUAAAAAUGCCAUUUUGCAAAUAUGUUUAAAUCCCAAGGGUUGAAAUAUGCCUGAGUAUGUGAUCUAAGACUGGAAAUGUUCAACUGCCCAGUAAAUAAAAGAAUAACAAUUAAA